AUGGCUUCCACCCAGCAAAGAUCCUCUGCUUCCAAGGAAAAUACCGAGGCCAACGCAUCUGUGGAACCAGUCGCUGCUCCGGUCACUCCGCCACCGCCCAACGGCGGGUUCGCAGCCUGGGUGGGCGUCUUCGCCGGCUUCUUGCUGUUUGUCACCACCUGGGGCUUCUCGACUGCGUAUGGGGCCUUCCAGCAGUACUACCAGGCACAUCUGCUCAGUGACAGCUCGCCCUCGCGUCUAUCAUGGAUCGGCACCGUCAACGCCUUCUUCCUCAUCUCGACGGGGGUCAUUGCCGGCCCGCUGUUCGACCGAGGGUUCCUCCUGCAUGUCAUGACCCUCGGCUGCUUCCUGACCACCUUUGGCCUGAUGAUGCUCAGCCUCUGUGACCAGUACUACCAACUACUCCUGUCCCAAGGUUUCUGCUGCGGCAUCGGAAGUGGCCUGAUCUACGUGCCAGCCCUAUCUCUCGUCUCGACCAGCUUCACGACCCGCCGCGGCAUCGCCGUGGGCAUGGUCACCACCGGCGCCAGCAUCGGCGGCGUCCUCUUCCCCAUCAUCUUCAUCCGCCUACAACCCCGUAUCGGCUUCCCAUGGACCGUCCGCACCAUGGGCUUCAUCCAGCUCGCCUGCUCCUGCAUCGCCGUCCCGCUCCUCAUAGCCACCACCAAGCCCAAGCGCACAUCUCCGCGCCAGCUCAUCCACUGGCACGCCCUGCGCGAAUGGCACUUCGACGCGUACGCGAUCGCCAACUUCCUCAUGUUCAUGGCCUACUUCAUCCCGCUCUUCUACGUGCCCUUCUUCGCCACCCACGCCCUGCACACCUCCACCGACUUAAGCUUCUACCUCGUGUCGGUGCUCAACGCCGGGUCCGCCAUCGGCCGUCUCGGCUCCGCAAUGCUCACCAUGCGAUUCCGCCCCGCGCUGAUCCUGCUCACGAGCGUCGUGGCGUCCGCGGCGCUGCUGUUUGGCUGGAUCGGCAUCACCUCCCUCCCGUCCUUCGUCGUCUUCUGCGUCCUCUUCGGCGUCUUCUCCGGGGUGCUUAUCUCUGCGAAUCCGCUGCUUAUCGCGCACCCGGUUGUGUCGCCGUCGCCGGCGAUGAUCGGCACGCGCAUGGGCAUGCAGUGGUUUGCUACGAGCGUGGGGGUGUUGAUUGGAGCGCCGAUUGCUGGCGUAUUGGAGGGCCAUGGGGGUGGGAAUGGCUACUUGGGUCUGCAGGCGUUCAGCGCGGCGAUUAUGGCGGGUGGUGCGAUGUUCCUGCUGGUGCCGUUUUUCGCCGCUUGGAGGUAUGAUCGGAGUCGGAAGGAGGGUCAAUGA